AUGUCUGCUUAUGGGGUCACUCUCUCUCUCAUAUUGCUGCUGUGUUUAGCUAAUGUGGUCAACUACAGUGAAGCCCAUAUUAAUGGGUCUGAGACUGAGAUGAUGGUGCCAAUGGUGGAGUCAGGAAGGAUGGAGAAGAUGAUGAUGGUGAUGAAUGAUAGCAGAAGGAGGUUAGGGAGCUUCCAGAUAUGUGCACUAUGCACUUGCUGUGGUGGGGCCAAAGGUCUUUGCCUGCCAUCUCCUUGUUGCUAUGCCAUCAAUUGCAACAUUCCCAACAGGCCUUUUGGCUUUUGCUCUUUCACUCCCAAGACCUGUAAUUGCUUUGGAUGUCAUCCCUAACUCUCUUUCUCUCUCAUUCCAUUCUAUAUAAUUUUAUAAUUUACUUACAUUGUUUAA